AUGACAAGGACACGCCGCCGGCAGGUGACGGGCGCGGUGGUGUACGGGCACUACGGGCGGCGGGAGGACCUGGUGCGGCUGCAGGCGCUCAGGAUCCCGGUGAAGGGCGCCCUCCUCCUGCUCAGGCACGGCAAGAUCCACGACGGGGCCAAGGUGGGUUGGGGUACACACAACGCCGAGGCAGGCGGGGCGGCGGGCGUGCUCCUGUACCCCGACCCGCAGGACUUCGCGGGCGUGGGCGGGCGGUUCCCCAACGGCACCGGGCUGCCCAGGGACGGCGUCCUGUGGAGCUCCCUCAACGCCGUGCCGGAGACCCCGCCACGCCCUCCUGCCCAGCCUCUACCACGUCUACAAGGCCCGGCGCCUCCAAGACCUCCCCCGCAUCCCGCCCAGACGCUGAGCGCCGAGGCGGCCGCGCGCGUCCAGGAGCUGAUGGGCGGCCCGGAGUGCCCGAGGGGUGGCGGGGCGGCCUGGGCACCUACCGCGUGGGCGGGCCUGGGUCGCGGCCCGGGCGUGGUCAACGUGACCCUCGCCGUGAGCAACAUCGUGUACCAGGAGACGCUCAGGAACGUGCACGCCGCGCUACCCGCUGCCGAUAACGCCAAGUUUGUGAUGCUGGGCUGCCACUACGGCUCGCUGUACACCGAACCGGCAGCGGGCAUGGCGGGGCUUCUGGCAAUUAGCGAGGCUGUGGGCAAGGCCUUCCCCUUGGGCACUCAGCGCAAGGUCAUUUUCUCCGCUUGGGCCGCCGGGGAGUAUGGCAUGAUCGGUUCGACGGAGUUUGCCCAGGAUGAAUUAGGGAUAUUUUAA